AUGGCAAAUCUUUUCAUUGUAUACACAGCUGAUGCUCGUGCUCGUGCUAAUUCUGAAUCUGAAAAACCUUCCACUAAACAAUAUGAUAAUGACAAAAAUAUUGCUAUAACAAAUUUGUUUUCGAAACCAAAUCAACUUUUAUCUAAACUUUUUUCAAAAUCAGAAACCUGA